AAAAUCUCGUUCGUUACAACACUAGUGGCGACCUCAAAUCGGCGAAUUGUUUGCAGAAAUCCAAAAUAUAAAUUUUAUACACGAUUUAUUGUGAAAAAUUAAUGUGUGAUUAGUGAAAUAUCAUCAUGGCUUACCACUACGUGGUUACUGCACAGAAACCAACCGCCGUGAUAUCAUGUGUUACCGGCAACUUCACUUCACCAACGGACCUGAACCUCCUGGUGGCGAAGGUAUCCCGGCUGGAGAUGUACCUCGUCACCCCGGAAGGUCUGCGGCCAAUGAAGGAAGUGGGACUGUAUGGGCGAGUGGCCAAAAUGAAGAUGUUUAGGCCUCCAUAUGAGAAUAAAGAUCUAGUAUUCAUCCUGACAGCCCGUUACAAUGCCAUGAUAUUAGAAUGGAGGACCACAGCCAACGGUGAGCUAGAAGUUGUCACCAGAGCCCACGGCAACGUGUCAGACAGAAUCGGAAAGCCUUCAGAGAACGGCAUCCUAGCUGUGAUUGACCCGCAGGCGAGGGUCAUUGGUCUCAGACUGUAUGACGGUCUGUUUAAGAUUAUACCACUUGAUAAAGAUUCUACGGAGCUAAAAGCUGCUAGUUUAAGGCUUGAUGAACUUAACGUUUAUGAUGUUGAAUUUCUACAUGGCUGUUCAAAUCCCACCAUUAUUUUAAUACAUCAAGAUCUCAAUGGCAGACAUAUUAAGACUCAUGAAAUAAACUUAAGAGAGAAAGAAUUUAUGAAGAUACCAUGGAAACAGGAUAAUGUGGAGACAGAGGCUUCUAUCCUGAUACCUGUGCCUAGCCCACUAGGUGGCGCCAUAGUGAUAGGUCAAGAAUCAAUAGUAUACCACGAUGGACAGAGUUAUGUUGCUGUUGCUCCACCACAGAUUAAGUUAACUCCAAUAAACUGCUACUGCCGUGUUGACGGGCGCGGCUUGCGGUACCUACUGGGUGAUAUUGCUGGUAGACUGUUCAUGUUGCUACUGGAACUUCAGGAGAAGAUGGACGGCACUCAGGCUGUUAAGGAUCUGAAGGUCGAACUGUUGGGUGACAUCCCAAUCCCUGAAUGCAUGACGUACCUGGACAACGGCGUAGUAUUCAUCGGUUCCCGGCUGGGCGACUCUGCGCUGGUGCGUCUGUCGGCGCUGCGCGACGAGGCGGCGCAGUACGUGCAGCCCAUGGAGAGCUUCACCAGCCUCGCGCCCAUCGUCGACAUGUGCGUCGUCGACCUGGAGCGGCAGGGACAGAAUCAGCUCAUUACUUGUUCCGGUGCCUUCAAAAUGGGUUCGCUCCGUAUAAUCCGCAACGGCAUCGGCAUCCAGGAACAGGCCAGCAUUGACCUGCCCGGCAUCAAGGGCAUGUGGGCUCUCACGCUGGCCGACAACCAGACUUAUCAUGAUACGCUGGUGCUGGCUUUUGUGGGACAGACCAGGGUGUUAACAUUAACUGGAGAAGAAGUUGAGGAGACUGAAAUAAAAGGCUUCGUGUCAGACCGACAGACGUUCUUCACAGGGAACGUCUGUCACAAUCAACUUAUACAGGUGACAGACUCCGGCAUCCGCCUGAUAUCCCGCGGCGCCGAGGGCUGGCGCCUGGCGGCGGAGUGGCACGUGGAGCGAGCUCGCGGCGUGUCGGUGGUGGCGUGCAGCGCCACGCGCGUGGUGGCGGCCGCCGGGCCCAGGAUAUACCUCGUCGCUAUACACGAAGCUAGGCUGGAGCUGCUGGCUGAAGUAUGCAUGGAAGAAGAAGUGGCAUGCCUAGACUUAGGCCCCGGGGGUGAUGAUGCUCUGCUCGGCGUCGGCCUGUGGACGGAUAUCUCUGUCAGAGUGCUGAAGCUACCUGAUCUGAGGCCACUGCAUACUGAGAAGUUGUCUGGAGAAAUAAUCCCCCGUUCCCUCCUAAUCUGCGUGCUAGAAGGCGUGUGUUACCUGCUCUGUGCGUUAGGAGACGGCUCCAUGUUCUACUUCACGGUGGACCAGGAGACUGGAGUGUUGACUAACAAGAAGAAGGUCACGUUAGGCACGCAGCCUACUGUGCUGAGGAGUUUUAGGUCAUUAUCAACGACGAAUAUAUUCGCGUGUUCAGAUAGACCGACGGUGAUAUUUUCCUCGAACCACAAGCUUGUGUUCUCCAAUGUUAAUCUUAAGGAAGUCACACAUAUGUGUUCGCUAAAUGCACAGGCCUACCCUGACAGUUUGGCGCUAGCGACAGAUAGCACGGUCACAAUAGGUACUAUAGACGAAAUACAGAAGUUACACAUUCGUACCGUGCCACUUGGUGAAACGCCUAGGCGGAUCGCUUAUCAGGAAGCCUCACAGACAUUCGGCGUAAUAACAAUGCGGGUAGACAAGCUAGAGUGGACAGCGGGCGGCGGCAGUGCAGCCGUGUCCGUGCGUACGUCGGCGUCGACGGCGGCGGCGGCCAGCAGCGGCGCCCCGCUGGCGCAGCCCAAGCACGCGCCUAAUGCACUGGAUCUAGAAGUGCAUAACCUGCUCAUACUCGAUAAUCAUACCUUUGAAGUAUUACACGCACAUCAGCUGAUGACGAACGAGUUCGCGAUGUCGCUGGUGUCGUGCAAGCUCGGCGACGAUCCCAACUACUACUACGCCGUCGGCACCGCCAUACUCAACCCUGAGGAGUCAGAGCCCAAACAGGGCAGAAUCCUACUGUUCCACUGGUCAGAAGGCAAGCUGGUACAGGUAGCGGAGAAGGAGAUCAAAGGAGGCUGUUACACACUAGUCGAGUUCAACGGGAAACUACUUGCCACCAUCAACAGUACUGUACGAUUAUUCGAAUGGACAUCAGAAAAAGAGUUGCGUCUGGAAUGCAGUCACUUCAACAAUAUUGUAGCGUUGUACCUCAAAGUGAAGGGAGAUUUCAUAUUAGUGGGAGACCUCAUGCGGUCGCUCUCUCUAUUGCAAUAUAAACAGAUGGAGGGUAGUUUCGAAGAGAUAGCGCGUGACUACAGCCCCAACUGGAUGACCGCCGUCGAGAUACUAGACGACGACACAUUCCUCGGCGCUGAGAAUAGUUUCAACUUGUUCGUCUGUCAAAAGGACAGUGCUGCGACGACAGACGAAGAACGCCAGCAGAUGUCGUACAUGGGGCAGUUCCACGUGGGUGACAUGGUGAACGUGAUGCGAGCCGGCUCGCUGGUGGGGCAGCACGCCGACACCGCCGCGCCCGUCGCCAACCCCGUGCUCUUAGCUACCGUUACUGGCUCCAUUUGUCUAGUAGUCCAAUUAGCCCCCGAACUAUACGAGUUCCUCCACCAGCUAGAAGAGCGGUUAACGCACACGAUCAAGUCUGUCGGCAAGAUCCCGCACUCGUUCUGGCGUUCCUUCAACACGGACAUCAAGACGGAGCCGGCUGAAGGGUUCAUUGACGGAGACCUUAUAGAGAGCUUCCUCGAUCUCAGCAGGGAGAUGCAGCAGGAGACCGUGCAGGGUUUACAGAUCGACGACGGCGGCGGUAUGAUGCGCGACGCGACGGUGGACGAUCUAAUCAAGGUGGUGGAAGACCUUACCAGGAUACAUUAGACCUCGGAUUAUGUUCUACUUCGUAAUGCAGAUUCAUUAAAUAUACUUUAUGUACUUCC